GUCGAGUCGGUCCAUUAAGAUUGCUUUAAGUUUACCCUGCCGAAGCGGAAAGGCUAUCCGCAAGACACGGAGCUUUUCGGCCGGGCUAAGCCCCACCACACCGACCGAGAAACCGGCACCGGUUAAUACUCCACACGGCCCCACGCAGCACCGGCUGCAAAGUGGUGACGCCAUGAGGUAAUGACGACAUUGGUACGGAUUACAGGGUUCAAUACCAAAAGGUAAGAUGAUAACUUUUGUUGACUGUACUGUACUUUCAACAUACACUAAGCUUCAACGAAACCUAUUUCGAGCCCGCCUUACAUCGCCAAUAUGAACGGCAACGACCGAGUGCUUCAACUGUCUGGGAGCUGCAAUAACUAUCCCUGGGGAAAGCAGGGGCAGCAAUCACUCGCGGCUCGGCUCUGCAAAACGACAGCCAAGGAUUUCGAAAUCAAGGAUGACGAAUACUACUCGGAAAUGUGGUUCGGGGACUACCCUGACUACCCGGCCCGCGUCCUGGAGACUGGCAAACCCCUGAAGGACGUGCUCAACGAGAAUAAGGAGAGGCUUCUAGGAAAGAAGGUCAUCGAUGAUGAACUAGACGGCCAACUCCCUUUUCUGCCAAAGAUCCUCUCCAUCGCCAAGGCUCUCCCGCUACAAAUACAUCCGAACAAAGACCUCGCCGCCAAGCUGCACGCCAAGGAUCCUGAUAACUUCACCGACCCCAACCAUAAGCCCGAAAUCGCCGUCGCCCUCUCCAGGUUCGAGGUCUUUGCUGGAUUCAAGCCGCUGUCCGAGAUCGAGCCGCUCUUCCGACUCCCCGCCCUCCGCCCCUUUGUCCCCGACGGCACGACGCAAUGGACCGACAAGACACUGCGCGAGGUAACCCGCAACAUCCUCAAAGGCGGCGAUGCCACGGUAAAACGCGUCCAGGAUGGCCUGUUGUCCACCGCAAAGUCAGACCUCGGCUCGGCCGGGUACAUCCUCGACCUGCUCCCACGUCUGCAGAGACAAUACGGGCCGCAAGACCCGGGCUCGCUGGUGGCGCUCGCGUGCAUGAACUUUCUGGUCCUGCAGCCCGGAGACGCGCUCUUCAUCCCCGCCGACGGCAUCCACGCCUACCUAAGCGGGGACAUUGUCGAGUGCAUGGCGCGCAGCAACAACGUGCUCAACUCGGGCUUCUGCCCGCCCGCCGAGCGGAACAGCAUCGACCUCUUCGCCGACACGCUCACCUUCCGGGCGCACUCGCGCGACGACGUCGUGCUCCCGAGCGCCGAGACGCCCAGGAGCAGGACCGGCAAGACGCGCGUCUACCGGCCGCCCGUGAGCGAGUUCGACAUGCUGAGGGCCGAGCUCGCGGCCGGAGAGGCAGACGAGAUCUCGGAGAGCGACGGGCCGGGGGUCUUGAUUGUCACCAAGGGCAGCGGCAGGAUGGAGGCCGAUGGAAAGAAGUUCGAACUGGCGGAAGGGGCCAUCUACUUUGUCGCCCCAAGGGUGAGGGUGAGAUGGGAGACCGACACGGGGAUGGAGGUGUACAUGGCGGUUGUUUAAGUCCUUCAAAGUCAGCAUUUAGCGGUAAUAUACGAAGAUGGUUGAUUUCCGCAUCCAUCCAUCCACAAGUAUUGAUUGAAAGUUUAAACGACCUCAAUGAAACCUAAAGGUCCAUCGAGGCAACAUCGCGGAUAAAUCAUCUAUCUGUAGUACGAAUACCUAUCUGAAAC